UUACCCUCUGCUCGUCUCUAGUAUCAGAGGGUUCAAAACUAAACACGCUCAAAUCGCAUCCCGUCUGUCAUCUGCUUCGAAUAAUCGCUGAAGAAGCAGAAGAAAAAAGUUGGCAUCCUCGUUUCCGCUGCUUCAGCUUCACCGUUAACCUCGACGAUUACACUUUCACGCGCUUUGGUUCAGCUCGUCGGUCUGGAGUGAGUGUUUGUAAAGUUCACAACUGCGUUCAUCUCCCUCGAGUGAGGACCUGGAACAUAACGCGGGGCGAGAGGAGAGCAGGGGGAAGCCUCCACAUUCCUCCUGCAGGGGCCGGAGACAGCUGCUGCUGCUGCUGCUGGGAAAAUGGUCCAGUAGGAGUGGAAGAUGCCAGUUAUGAGUCAGAGUAGUCCCUGUUUGUGGACUCAGCUCCCACAGAGCAGCAGGUCCCCAUGUGACCGCUACAAGCACGCCUGCUGCAGCUACGAUGGACACGUAUAUAUCCUGGGCGGAAGAGACAACAGCUGUCUGAGGGAUUUCUGGAGGUACAGUGUAGUGUGCAACGAGUGGAAGGAGCUGAGCUGCAGCAGUGAAGCUGCACCAGAAGAGCUAGAGGAACAUUCUAUGGUGGCCCAUGAGGGCUUGCUGUAUGUGUUUGGAGGCAUGUUGGAUUCUGCAUACACCAUGUGCAGAUGUGCCCUCUGGGUGUUUGACAUUGCAAAGCAGAACUGGGUGACCUACCAGAGUAAGAUGAGCUCCCCUCAGACCAAAAUGCCAACCAACAGAAAGGGACACAGUGCUGUGGUGGUUGGUUCUGACAUGCUGGUGUAUGGAGGUCUCAUAGACAUGAAAGGAUCUUCACAGGACUUUUGGGGUUUGGAUUUUGAUACCAUGGCUUGGUCCUUGCUGAGUGGUUGUCAGCAGGGCUCUUCAGGCCCAGGCCCCAGGCACAGUCACUCAGCCGUGGCCUACCAGGAUUGCAUGUACCUGUUUGGGGGCUUGAAAGGCUUGAGGGAGCAGAGAGACUUCUGGAAGUGGAGUUCCAUCAGCCACACUUGGAGUUCCCUCAGAACCAAGUCCGGUCCCUCCAGACUGAUGGGUCACUCAGCUGUAGCCUACAAGGACAGCAUGCUUCUUUUUGGUGGAGGCGAGAGCCAGAACUCCCCAAACAACUGCCUGUGGAGGUACAGCUUCACCUCUCACACGUGGGGGCAGGUUGCUACCCUCCCAGGCUCUAGCCCCCCGGACAAGAUCCACCACUGCUGCACUGGUCUGGGUCCGGGGUACAAGUCCGACACCAGCAGCCCGUCCUCCACCUCAGGACACCAACCCAGCCUAAUGGAGGACAAGCUGAGGCCCUUCAAGAACAAGUGUUUCCCUGCACCUCUCACAUUUCUUGGAUCAGAGGGAGCUAUAGAGCUGGAGACGUUCAGCCUGGACAAGUGCUACGAGAGCAAAGCACUCAUGAAAUCUUCUCAACUGGACAAUAGCAAAGAGCGCUUGAUAGAGAAAGAUACAAAGCAGAUCGGAUACUGUUUGACCUUUGAGAACAAAGCAUUCAGGAAACAGUGGAGCUGCACAGACGAAGACCUGAUCAAUGAGGACGAUAGUGACAUAAUCCAGCACCUGCCCGAUCUGCUGCUGGUGCUUGGAGGGAAACCGUGCUCCAGUCACAGCCCGAUGUCUAUAUGGCAAAUGACUCUCACUGACUCAUAGUGGCCUGUGAAAGAACAUUCAACAGAUAUUUUCUUCACACGAGGAGUGUGGAAAAACUGUGUUAUAAUAUCACUUCGUCAGUGUUCUAACAUCACUUUAUAUUUUUUAAUCUCACAUAUUCAAAGAGCUUACAUCAUCCUGUAAAUAAGAAAACAACUUGAAAUAUUUCUAUAAAACUACUGUCUAUUUUUUUGUUGUGAAUUUAUGCAUUUCUCACAUUUUAUAUUAGCGUUGCUCAAAUAAAUCAUUCGAAAAUGGCAUGAAGACAGAAAGACCUUGUAAGUUACUAAAGUCAUUAACAAGUGUGUAUAGCUCCAGACCCUUACAGCCAAUAAACAAAAAGAAGUAUAUCUGAUUGAUUAAUGGAUUGAUGGAUUAAUAAGUAUAUAAGCAGUAGUGUAAUUACGAACACAAAGGAGUAAGUACCACUGACUGUACAGAAGCUUCUCUGUUCACUCCAACUGAACAAAAAUGAAGCCAGCAUAUCUCGGAUUCAGGUGCUGCCAUGUUGUGACUCCAUUUGGACUCAGAGUCUGCGGUGUGGAGCUGCACUGUCUGCUUGAUGAGGAGUUUAUGACAUGUGCAGCAGACAGCCACCAGGGUGCGAUCAACACAUUUGGGCUUCACUUGUUACUUUCAUAUGCUGUCAGGAAAUGUGUAUACAAGUUCUGAGUAUGGUGCAUAACGCAUGAAAAUCAGGAUCAGUCAACACCUUCGACCUCCUCCUGUGGUAGUUUAUUGUUUAUUAGUACUGAAUGUAUGUGACAUAUUUCAAACCCAUAAUCUGCCACAUCUGCAGGGUGCAUCUGACAAUGUACGAUUUCCUUUACAUGACACAAACAUGGCAUCAUCCUUCUGACAAUCCCUAUAAUAUGACCUAACCUACACACGAUGGCGCCAGAGCUCAGUGUUGUGUUGGUCCCUCUGUCUCACCAGUAACUGCAGGAGUUGAGGCACAGUAUACUACAGCAAUAGUAUAAUACGAUAGCAUAAGUAG